AUGCUCAUCCUGCCGCCGGGCUUGACCCCGGCCAAUGCCGCGCUGGGCGCGCUCGGCCUGGUGGCGGCGCCGGCCCUGGCGUGGUUCGUCCAGCCCCUGGUCUCCGCGAGGGCCCACCGGCGAAGGAGCUUCGAGUCCGAGGACUACUUCUGGGGCGUCGGGCCGGGCGGGGAGAGAUCAAACAAGGAGGCCUUUCCCGUCUGCGGGGACCCUCCAAGCAAGACUCUCAGCGUGAUCGUGCCCGCACACAACGAGGAAGAUAGGCUUCCGGGGAUGCUCAAGGAUACCUUCACCUACCUCAACACUCGCCGAAAAACUGCAGACAGCUCUUUCACCUAUGAGGUGAUCGUUGUGGACGACGGUUCGACGGACGGCACCGCGGCGGAGGUGUACCGCUGGGUCGAGAGGCUCGGCACGGACGUGGUCCGGCUCUUGACUCUCAAGGAAAACCAGGGGAAAGGGGCGGCAGUCGGGAAGGGCAUGCUGCGGAUGAGGGGAGAGUACGGUCUAAUGGUGGACGCAGACGCUGCUACUGAGAUCCAAGACCUCGACAGGCUGCUGAUCCGCAUGCGUGACGUCGAGAUGACUGGGGUCGGGGCGGGGGUCCGCGGGGCUGCGGUGGGGGAGAGGGGGUCCGGAAAGAAGCACGGGCUUGUGGUGGGAAGCAGGGCACACAUGGAGGGGGAGGCGGUGGCGAAGAGAGCCCUCCACCGGACAGUAUUGAUGUUCGUUUUUCAUUGGUGUGUGUCGAUCCUCUGCACCCGGACCAUCAAGGACACGCAGUGCGGGUUCAAGCUCUUCACCAGAGAUACAGCGGCCGUGGUGUUCAGCUCGCUGCACCUACAGCGAUGGGCCUUCGACAUCGAGCUCAUCUACAUCUGCCAGCUCAUGGGGGUGCCGAUGGCGGAGGUAGCAGUGAACUGGCACGAGGUUCCCGGAUCCAAGCUCAUCCGCUCCAAGCUCGACAUCAUCACCACAUCUGCGACGAUGCUCAGAGACAUGAUGUGCGUCCGCCUUUGCUACGUGCUGGGCGUGUGGGCCGUCGCAGAGCAGCCUUCGGGAGAGGGCAAGAAGCGCCGAUGA